CGGUCUCGAUCACUGAGUUACCUUCGCGUCGCACGGAGAUCGACAGUUAUUAGCCGGCGUUAAAACGGGGUAUGAGCAACCCAGCGAGUAAUCUGACCGACUCAUCUCGGCCGAACAGCGGGCGGAGGCCGCGCAGCUCCGUCCGACCUACCAGCGCCGGUCGGCCGGCCUGGAACACGGCGCAACUGACGCGCGAAGAGUCGCGAGACCUAGAAGCCUUCGGCGCCAACGACCAGUUCGAAAUCGUCGACGACAGCGAAGUCGUUACCGUUCCCGAGCAGAAAGGAUGCCUCGUGAGCUGCUUGAGAGGCCUCCGAGGACUGUGGUCCACCCGUCAACUUGGCGGGGCCAAAGCAGACCGAGAAUGGUACAUUCGAACGACCCUGCGAGAACUGUUGAUUUAUGUUGUCUUCCUCGUAGUGCUCUGCAUAUUGACCUUUGGCAUGAUGAGCCCUACUAUGUACUACCAAACAAAAGUUAUGAGCGACCUCUUCUUGGAUUCUACCUACAAAGACAACACCAGCAACCUCCGUGGCUCAACCAGCCUUGAUAAUUUUUGGUCGUUCGUGGAGGAUGUGAUGCUUGGUGCUCUGUACUGGGAGAACUGGUACAAUAAUCAAAGCACAUUAGCCGAUGAUCGCAACAUCCUAUAUGAGAAUCGGCUUCUGGGGAGCCCCCGCAUUCGUCAGUUGCGUGUGCGCAAUGACUCGUGCAAUGUCCACUCGGACUUCAAGAAGGCCAUCACCCAGUGCUUCGACAACUAUUCUCCGCACUUUGAGGACAAGGGUCCCUUUGGGCUAAUGAAUGGCACUGCCUGGACAUACCACACUGAAAAGGAACUGAAUGGGGCAGACCACUGGGGCCUGCUGUCAUCGUACAGCGGUGCUGGCUACUAUGCUGACCUGGGUAUCACAAAGGAGGCAGCAACACAGGUCAUGGCUGAACUUAAGGAGAAUCUCUGGAUUGGGCGCGCCACACGGGCCGUCUUUUUGGACUUCACUGUCUACAACGCAAAUGUCAACCUCUUCUGUGUGAUCAAGCUGGUGUUUGAAUUUCCUGCGACGGGAGGCAUGAUUCCAUCAUGGAGCUUUCGCACGGUUAAGCUCCUGCGAUACGUAUCGGUUAGCGACUACUUUAUCAUGGCUUGCGAGUUCUUCUUCACGCUGUUCAUUCUCUAUUACAUCGUCGAAGAAGUCCUUGAGAUCAAGAGCAACAGGACCAGCUAUUUCAAGUCUAUAUGGAACAUCCUUGACAUUCUUGUCAUUCUGAUCUCUCUGGUGUGCAUUGGAUUCAGCAUCUAUCGUACUGUUAUGGUGAAUAAGCUCCUGGCUGGUCUGCUGGACAAGCCGGACGAGUUUGCGGACUUUGGUCGUCUGGGUUUCUACCAGACGCAGUUCAACAAUGCUGUAGCACUGGCUGUUUUCUUUGCUUGGAUUAAGGUCUUCAAGUACAUCAGCUUUAACAAGACCAUGACGCAGCUUUCAUCCACCCUUUCUCGGUGCUCCAAGGAUGUGGCUGGCUUCAGCAUUAUGUUCUUCAUUGUGUUCUUUGCCUUUGCCCAACUGGGCUACCUUCUAUUUGGAACUCAAAUCCAGGGUUUCAGCUCCUUCGUUAAUGCCGUGUUCACUCUUCUGCGUCUUAUCUUGGGUGACUUCGAUUUCGAGGAAAUGGAAGCUGCCAACAGAGUGUUGGGCCCCAUUUAUUUCCUCAGCUACGUCUUCUUUGUAUUCUUCGUGCUCUUGAACAUGUUCUUGGCUAUCAUUAACGACACCUAUGCCGAAGUAAAAUCGGAGAUCUCGCAACAGAAGAACGAGUUUGAGCUUGUUGACUACUUUAAGAAGGGUUACAACAGCAUUCUUGGCAAGCUGGGCAAGCGGGAUCAAAUUGUGGACAUUCAGAAUGCACUCAAAAUGGCAGACACCAACCAUGACAACAAACUGACCUUUGAUGAAGUCCGCAAAACACUCAAAGCGCAAAACUUCAGUGAUAUGGAGAUUGAGAUGCUGUUCUCCAAGUAUGACGUGGACGGCAACCGCGAGCUGAAUGAGCAAGAAACAAAGGAGAUGAUGGCACACCUUGAGGGACAGAAGGUUCUGCUUGACGAAGAGAUUCAGCGUGAAAAGACCUCUGGCAAUGACAAUGCUGGUGGUGGCGGUGGCAACGGCAGCGGCGGCGGUGGUGAUGGGGGCGUCUCUUCGGAAGAGUUAAAUAUUCUGACCCGGCGUGUGGAUCGCAUGGAGCAUUCCAUUGGUAGCAUCGUGUCCAAGAUUGACGCUGUACUGGUCAAAAUGGAAGCCAUGGAAAAAGCUAAAGCCAACCGGCGGGACACCAUGAGCAAAAUUCUUGACACCAUUUCAGAGAACGAGGGUUUGGAUGAGAAGGGCAAGCGUCAGCAGAUGGAGAAACUGGUUCGAGAGGAGCUUCAGCAUUGGGAUUCUGAUGCCUCACUGCACACUCCACGGAGGGAGAGGAGCAACACACCUUGAGGAGGCUGCACUGCUUACUACAAGCUGAGCGAGCAGCUGUGGAGUGGGGGAGAUGACGUCUGUCCUGUGCAGAGCAACCGGCAGAUAUUCGCACGAAGCAUCAAUCUCUCAUGAGCCUUGUUGUGGCCAGCUCUCUUGAGUGUUCCACGUAACAACAUUGUUGCUCUCAAGCAUAAAUGCUUGUCUUGCCAGCUUGCAAAUUACUAUACGCGAGAAAAGUUAACUGAAAAGUUUAUUUUUGCAAGAACUUUGAGUACUACCAGUUAUUACGUGUUAUCGGUAGCUCCUCUGUUAGUGGUUCAUCUGUUUCAGCAUAGCUGACAGACGUCAUAUGCUUUGUCGUAGAUAUAUUGGUAAUGGCCAAGAAGAGUGCUUGUAGUGCCAUCAGUAUUACAUUUUGCCCGAAAAAGUUGCUGUGGCUCUGAGUCACAUCUGUAUACAUUUCAAAUGGGCUCCUGUAACCCCUAUUGUUGGCACGUUGACAGAGUUUACAUGGUUGAUGCAUCGUGCAAUCAGGCUGUGGUGUGCUUUUUGCUGCUUUAUCGAGAGAGCACCCGAUUUUGCACUACGAAGCUGUGCUGUUUGUUUGGAUUAAACUAGUGUAGCUUUAGCCUGGGCAGACGGCAUUGCUGUGUGGUUUGUAAAAGCACAAUUCAUUCCCAACUGUAGUGCAUCCAUCGUGCAAUUCUCGUUUAGCUGAUUGACCAAAAAAAGAAAGCACAUCUAUUGUGAAACAACUUGUGUGAACUUUGUGAUAAAAAAAAAAGAUUGUUCUCUUCAAAAGGACCUGCAAGUACAGUAAACAUUAGUAAAAUAGCGUGUGUUACGCACCAUCUACAGCAGUUCAGUAAUUGCAUGCAUUCCUGUUUUAGAUGAGAGGUACGCUGACAUGAUUGAGCACUGUUUUGCAGCUUGAGUUUUGAGUGGUAGGCUGGUACAUGCAUUGACCUGCGCUGGUUUCACUUGUGAGACAGAGUGUGCAGUGCUGUUUCCAACUUUGCAUGCAUAUUCCCAUUUUUCCCUAGCAUUUGCUGUCUUUUGCAGUGUUGACAAGUUAAAAAUGAGAAGUAACUGUAGUUGUGGGAGGUCUGUUAUUGAACAGAUUUUGGCUAUGUAACUGUAUUUGAAGCCUUGCUUGUAGGAUCCCCACUGACUGUUCCUGUUGUCACUGAAAAUCGGUCUUCCCAUAUUCGUCCUGUGUUGAGACUCAAAACUGCUGACCUUGAAGGUUCCACAGGCACAACCACCUAACUCAAUACCCUCUUCACCGUGUUAUUUAUACGCUAAUCCUUAUUUAUUUAUUUACUUUGUUUACUUAAUUAUUCUGCAUGCAGAAGGGGUUUUUUGAGGGAAGGAGAGUUCAAAGUGCAAUGCAUCAGCAGAUUGCACAACCAGGCAAGACCAUAUGGCAGGCUCCAUGUGAUAAACGCAUAUACAGCUACAUUUAUUUUCAUAGGACCACUCAAUGCUGUACCAUCAUAAUUUGAAUGUUUAACUGAAACUGACUGUCAUAACAGAGAAUAUUUUUGCAUUCCCAUUUUACAUGGUCAGAAGCUAUACACUGAAAAUUGCUGUAAUUUGGCAGUUAAAAAAUGAGCUAGUUCUGCUGGUCAAUGAUUUUCUCCAGUCAUAUCUAGCACUAUAGCAAAUUGCUGUGGGUGAAAAAUAAGGCAUAUCCACUAGAGAGAUAAGCUACAUUCUCGUCAUAUUUAUACGUCACACUGUGGAACAGCGACGUAAAAUGACGCUUUGGUUUGGGGACAUUUGCCUCUUCCCUUAUCACACCACAGACAAGCAGUCAAUUUGAUUGAUGACUUUUACCAGGCUCCAAAUAGAAAUACUAAUUGAUUUGUGCAUCACUUACCACUAUAUGCCUAACAUGAAGACUACUCUUUUAUUUUGGGCAUUAUGUAUUUGCCAUUUAUAGUACACACAGAAUUGUGAAGAACCUUUCAGCUGCAUGUAACACUUUAAUCUUCAGAAGAAAGCCCCCUCGCUGUAAUUUUCAGUUAUGAAAAGAAACAGCACAUAACGCAUGCACUUUACUGUUUCUAAUACAGCUCCCUUAUGCCGUUUCCUUAUUUACUUCUUAUUUAACUGUUAUGUGACAGCAAUACAUAAAUAUAUAUUUCUUAGAAGCUGUUGCAGUAUCAGGUUUCGCAGAACAAAUAAAAGUACUAUAUCAAGUCUAAUAUAUGAAGUUGCUCUGUUUCCUAAUGCAUCAUGCGUCUAUUACAUGUAGGAUUUCUGGCUUUGAUCAAGUUGUAUUGGGCGUGUCGCAUAAGCUGCUGAAGUUUCAGCUUGGUUUUGGUAAGAGCAAACGCUGUUCACUCAUGUUCGAACAGCAUGACAAAGGAGACUGGUUGCAUACAAUAGCUUCAAUAAGUAUUCGUUGUUCUGCACAUUCCUAUGAUGAUGACCAAUGCACGUGUGAAAGGUGGCACUUCAAUGCUAUAACUGCAUUAUGUUACUGGUGGCAGAAAUGAAUUUGUUCAGCACAUAACCACAAUUUUACAGCAUUUAUCCCUUGCUAGUGUCCCAUCUACAUCCGCAUUUUGUUUCCUAAUAUUUUAUUAUCGCAUGUAGAAAAAAUGGUUGGUUGAAAAUGACCUUGCAAGCUUCCUUUGACAUUUCAAGUCUUUUAGAAAUUGAAUUGUUUGGCAAAUACACAGAUCCAUUUGCUGGACAUAUAAUCCAGGAGUUCCUGAAAUAGCUCAAAGUGCCCCAGACUAGCUUGCUUGCAUAGAGAUGCUGAUCGAGUUGAUCUUCAGUCAAAACACAGGCCAUGCAUGCUUUCCAUCAUCACAGUACAGUGAGCCUGAAGAAUGCAGAGCAAUUUUAACUGGAUCCUCUGCUAUGCAGCAAUAAAAUAUAUACUGAACAAUGUUACACAGAAUGCUUGACUGGCCCUGCUAGCUUAGCAGCUAAGGUGCUGCUCUGUGAAACUCGAGGCAGCGGGUUUGAUUCCCAGCCAUGAAGGCCACUUUUCGAUGGGAGCAAAAUACAAAAACACCCGUGUACUUAGAUUUAGUUUUACGUUAAAGAACCCCAGGUGGUCAAAAUUAAUCUAGGAUCUCCCACUAUCAUGUGCCUUAUAAUUACGUAUAUCAUAGUUUCUGCACAAAAAACCCAGAAUUUCGUUUUACACAGAAUGAUUUGCAGUAUUCUCAGUGUAAUCUUGGACAGCAUUGUGUUGUAUAUCAGUGUUGCAGAACUUAAAAGCGGCUGCUUGACUCCAUGACAUAAGCAUCACAUUGGCUAACUUGCCCCCCAAGAAAGCUUCCCAAAAUGGCCGGCAUAUUAAGUUGCAUAAGACAGAAAGCAUAAACACAUGCAUAUAUAUCUGCACAAACACGUGUGCAGAGGUGCAUGCCUUGCAAAAGCAGGUCACACUGUUUGAAGCCAUGCUUAAUAUUUUAUAAUGCGAUAUGCCUUUGUUCUUUUUUCUACCUUAACAUAGAGCAAGCUUAACCACCUGUGGCUUACCACAGCGAGAAAGUCCCAAGUUACUCUUGAGGAUGAGGCUCUCAUGCACCAAGGGUGGAGCGUGGAUUAGCAUUUUUAGUAGUGUGGAUUUUAGGACAUAGCCUGUCCGCAACUGCAAUGUGUAAUUGAUGGGUCUUGGGUGUUCAAAUGCAGGUUUUGCAGCAUACACACAUCUUGACCAUUCAAGACAACACAUUGCAGUCCUGUUGUGGAGAGAGAGAGGAGGGGGAAAAGAAACGUCAUUUAAGGAGAUAAGGGAUUCAGUCAUUCACGGUUGAGCACCUCGGUCCAGGACAAGUUGCCACUAGCUUCUCAGCUUCUCAGUCCAGGACUAGGGAUAAAGAUCCUGUAGAUCAGCCAGCACUUGUCUUUCAGGGUACUUCCACUCAGCGGUUAUUCCAGGGGUACUGAGUUGGUAUUGGGGAUAAGGGUUAGGUACGCUCGUAUGAGGUGGUCAAGCGGCACUGCAGGAGGUCCUAGUAUUGGAACAGCAAUAGGGAACAAGAUUUGUAAUAAUACCAUGAGCAGGUUUAGAUAGGACCUAUAGGGUGGCUUGCCGGGAAUCCCUUUACUAUUGGAGUGUACCUGCAAAAGCAAAGGAGUUUGUGUUUUGUUCUGAGGUCAUCAGAAUUGAGAAGGUUGCGUUAUAACAGAGCCUGGUGCUUAAAAUCAUGAGAAAAUGCACGGGCAUGCUUAUUGUCAUGGAGAGAGGUAUGCGCAAGGUUUGUAGCAGUCAUAGUAUCGAUGGUUGAAGCGCCGUGGCAUGAGAUAGAGGUGGUGGCAAGCAGGCAAGUGGUGCGUGGGUGAACUUGCCUGUGUAAGUAGGCCUGACAGGCUUGUUAGGGUCUGUCGCUAUGGUGGUAUGGGUGGUUUUGGAGGUGAGGGAAAUGCAUGCAGUGCAUGAAAGAUGGCAGAAGCAAUCGUGUCUCCUUCAAGUAAUAUAAGUGGGCUCAAUCAGGCGGCCACGAGGCAUGUUUCGGAGGUGGGCUCGUACACCAUGCCAACCAUGGCUUGCCUGUGUGUAAAGUGAGCCAUUCAUGUUUAUGAAAUGGCAAUCUUCAGUCCCAUCUCUAAAGAUGUGCAUGGGUGUCCACACCUGGGCCUCACCGCAGCCUCGUCCCUAUUCUAGGUCCAUAUAGCAUGGGAUUUGGAUUAUUCAUAUGAGGGAGCAGGGCAUGGUGUCAAGAAAAGUGGUGUAGAGGGAGUUGGCAUGGUGAGGAAUAGGGGUAUGAGAGGCCAGCAAGGACCAAGGAACCAUGGGAUGUGCAGUGUUGAAAAAUUUGGAGAGGGUGUUGUGCACCUCAAGCUGUAGAAGUCGCGUGGAUUUGAUUAGCCCUAGGGCAAUCAUGUAUGCGGUAUGGAGGAGGACGUCCAACAUUUUUGUUAGUGUGUUGUGCAACUCAUUAUCGCAGUGCACUCUGCUCAAUUUCACAGUGCUAUGUGGGUGGCCUAUGCAGGUGCUCGCACACGCUAUAGUAACAUUUUAGUCCUAGCCUAUGGUGUUUGGCACACUGUUAGUCUGUGUGAUAAUUGUGAUAGUAGGUACUCUAUUAUUUUCUGAGUUGUCGAAAGCACCCCUCCCCCCAGAUUGUAUUUGUGCAGACACAGUAUUUUUGUCAACUUCAGCUUUUAUGCAGAACUAGAUGACAGUAAAACAGCAAAGUAUUAAUCUUGUUCACAUUAUCCCACUGUUCAAAAUAUCUCAAAUAAUUGCUCAAAAACUUUUGACUGUAUACUUCUGCACCGGUUAUAUUCAAAAGAUAGAUGAUAGAUGAGUAUGUUACACUUAUGAUAGAUGAAUAUGUUACAUUGCAUAAUGUGUUCUUACUAGUUAAAAUACUGUUAAUAGAGUAAAAUCUAAGCCAUCUGAAUAUCUGAUUGCUUCAUGUUAAUUUGCUCUGUGACUCCUGUUUGAAUGGUGCACUUUGCCAAUUAACAUUAAUUUUUUUUUUGUCUUUGAAAAAAAAGAUUCACACCAGUAGAGCUUGCCAAAAGCUCUUUUGGCUUGUGUAGAAA